AUGUCUAAAACUUUGAGCAAGGGUGAAAUUCGAGAAAUUCUUGACGAGAGUGAAGAUGGACUCGAUUUUGAUGAUGAUGAUGAUGUGGAUGAUCCUAAUUAUAAUGAAGAGUUGGUACAUGCUGAUUUUGAUGAAGCGGUUGAGAAUAUAUUAGAAGAUAUUGAAAAUGAAAAUAUGGAAUUGUGUGCAGAUCCGUCGAACGAUGUUCCGCCCAUUUUGAAUUUAGUUUUGGAAGAGCACCAAUUGCGUUUUACAGGCAAUACAUCAUUGCCCGAUGAUAUAAAGAUUAUCGAAACGCCAAUUGAAUAUUUCUUGUACUUAUUUCCAAAAGAAUUGAUAAAGUUUAUUGCCAAUGAAACAAAUUUUUAUGUUGUCCAAAAGGACGUUAAUGAUCCAUUUCGUGUAUCAGAAAUGGAUAUUCAGCAAUUUAUUGGAGUAGUUUAUAUGAUGUCCUUAGUACAACUUCCUAAUGUACCCAGUCACUGGAGCAAAAUUGGUACAUCCAUGAUACAAGAAGCGAUGCCGCUGAAAAAAUUUGAAAAUUUACGACGUCGCAUACACUUUAACGACAACAGCAAAAAUUUGCCGUCGACUGAUAAAAAUGUGGACAGAAUGUACAAAAUACGCCCGAUCCUGGAUGAGUUAAGUAAGAAUUUUGCAAAAGUGCCUCUUGAACAACAUCUAUGCGUCGAUGAACAAAUAUGUUCCACAAAAGCCCGAAACCUUUUGAAACGCUACCUGCCAAACAAGCCUCAUAAAUAG